CACUUUACGAAGCAGUUUCAGGGUAAUUCUGGACCGAAAAUUAUAAAAGUUCGAAUUAAUUGCUAGUUAAUAUUAUUCGAUGUUGGAAACAAUAUCCUUAGAACAUGAAUUUCAUAAAAAAGAAACAUACAGAUCUUUCUUUUAAUGAUAAAAAAAUGAGAAUAAAUAGUAGAAAAGGUCGUGGUCCAGAAUCAAUACUCUAUAAAUCUACUUGGCCAUUGAUUUGUGUUAUACGUAUAUUAGGAUUAGCUCCGUAUGAGUUCAAAGGUGAAGAGUUGGUACCAUCAAAUAAAUAUAUGAUCUUCUCAUUUCUAUGGUUAAUUGUAUUUACAUACACAUUUUUUUGGGCGAUAGUAUCACAAAUGGCGAACAUGUAUAGAGACGACAUGCGUUUGCCCACAGCUAUUACUGAAUUGUGCAAGUUUAUUUUGAAUUAUGUAGUUGUUGUAAUAGACAUAAUAAUGGCAUUAUGUACAAGUAAAAAAUUGACAAAUAUAUGGAAUAGAAUUCAAAACUAUGAUGAAGUAAUUCAAAAUCUUGGAUAUGGUAGAAAUGAGAAAAAAACUUUUGCAUGGGUUUUGGCAUUAUUAUUUUUCAAUCUUUGUAUUUGGACUCUAAUAAGUGUCUUUGGAAUGAUUGGAUUUUCUGAGCCAUGGUUGAAAAAUGUGACUUAUAUGCUUAUUUACAUUGGAUCAGCAGCAACUGUAACUAAAUUUGCAGGGAUUACAAUGCUAUUAGCCCAACGAUUUAGCCAACUAAAUAGUAUUGUUCAAACAACUGUUGUAUUUGCACCACGAUGGAAAACAAUCGGUUCAACAAUAAACUAUCAACUUAUUGGAUACUUGCACGAUGACCUUAUGGUUAUCACCGAGAAUUUAAAUUCAAUAUUUUUUUGGUCUGUUUUGCUGUGGUUGACGAAUUUAAGUACUCAUAGUAUCAGUAGUUCUUUUUAUGCAUUAUCUUGGUUAUUAGAUCAAGGAAGUUUUACUCCAUCGGUUUAUUUUUCACCAAUCUACUGUCUCUCAUCUUGGAUCACAUCUUUCGCUUUUCAAAUAUUUAUGCUGUGCUAUGCAUGUCAUCAUGCUUCAUAUGAGGCAAACUCAAUGAGCGCAAUGAUGUUAGAGAAAAGGAAGUGGUUUUAUACGUAUAAUAGGAAAAUGGACGUAGAGACAUUGUUCCAUCUAGCGAAUCGUCCGCUUCAGUUUUCAGCUGCUGGAUUUUUUUAUGUUGAUCUCCAAUUAUUUACCACAAUUAUGUCUGUGAUGACAACAUAUUUGUGUAUUCUUCUUCAAAUUGAUUAAAGUAUGGAAUUUUAUGUAGAUAGCAGAAAACAACUAUCCUCGAAGAGAACCUGUAGAAAAUGAAAUGAGACAGGUAUAGCUCGUGUGAGCAGA